GUCCGCCCGCAGCAGUCUCCUUCUCGGCGAGGGUUCACUACAGAGAUGGCUGCGAAAGUGUGCAGAUCAGUACUCCUGUUGUCCCGGAGCAGCGGAGCGGUGGCCGGCAGCCUCCCCGCACUUGUUGUCUCUUCACAGCGACAUCAUCAGCACAUAAGACCGCAGGAGGUACUGUCUGCUCCUUUCACCCGUCAGACUGUCAGGAGAGCACAUGGCCUACGGUCAGCAGCCCACUCCACACUCUUCACCCAGCCUCCCACUGCCCUGUCUCCACAGGUUUGGAGGGGUGCCCCCUCAUGGCAUGGCCACCGACUGUUGUGUUCCUCCGCUGCUCCAGAGGAGGUGACAGUGGUGUAUCAGAACGGGCUGCCGGUGAUCUCAGUCAGUUUGCCGUCCAGGCGAGAGCGCUGUCAGUUCACCCUCAAGCCUCUCUCUGACUGUGUGGGAGUUUUCCUGCAGCAGCUCCAGGCAGAGGACAGAGGCAUCGACCGGGUAGCUAUCUACUCCAUGGAUGGAGCGAGGGUCGCCUCCUCCACAGGCAUAGACAUCCUGCUGCUGGAUGAUUUCAACCUCGUCAUUAACGACACCACACACCUCGUGCGGCCACCAAGGAGAGAGCUGCUGCCCCAUGAGGACGCGGAAAGGCUGAAUGACGUCAAGUUUCUGGUGCAGCAGCUCUACACCACCCUGCGCAUCGAGGAGCACCAACUCGGCAAAGAACGUGAGCUGAUUGGACGACUGGAGGACCUCAACUCUCAACUCCGCCCCCUGGAGAAGGUGAGGGAUGAGUUGAGUAAGAAGGCAGAGCGGCGUACCACCUGGGUGCUGUGGGGCGGCAUGGCGUACAUGGCCACCCAGUUCGGCAUCCUGGCCAGACUCACCUGGUGGGAGUACUCUUGGGAUAUCAUGGAGCCCGUCACCUACUUUAUCACUUACGGCACAGCCAUGGCCAUGUACGCCUAUUUCGUGCUUACACGCCAGGAGUACGUUUACCCCGACGCUAGAGACAGACAGUAUCUGCUGUUCUUCCACAAGGGGGUGAAAAGGACACGCUUUGACAUUGAGAAGUACAACAAGCUGAAGGAUGAUAUCGCUGAGGUGGAGUUGGAUCUGAAGCGUCUUCGGGACCCGCUCCAGCUCCAGCUCCCAGUUCAGCAGCUCGACGGCAGUAAAAAUUGAUGGGAAAAGCAACUCCCUCCUCUCUGAGCUCCUACAACCCCCCGUUUCCUUCUUCCCUCCUGCCGUCCAACACCCUUCUCCCUCCCCCUUCUACCCCCAACUAUUUCCUCAGCCUCCUCUCUCCCCUAUCCCUCCCACACCAAAUAAUCCCAUCCCUGUCUCGACUGUGGGAGUUAGUUUUUUCUCUUUUUCUUCUUUUUUCUCUUUUUUUUUCUUUCUUUUUCCUUUUCCGUCCGACGAAAACUCCAGUUGGAAUUGCAAGUGAAAACCGCUAAAAAGACAAAGAAGGAUGGUGAGAAUACCGGGAACUAAAAAACUCUCACAGCCGAAAGGAUGGUAAGGAUGGUGAGGAUGAUGAAAGGGACGAUGAUGAUGAUGAUGAUGGGAUAAAACUGGGGCACUAUGGAUAUGCCUCAAGUCUCCGGAGGGACAGCCUGCAAGGAACUCCGGGGGGCAAACAGGAAUUAUCACACCUCUAGACACUCCAGAACAGAGGACAUGCAGAGGGGCGGGUCAUUGUUUAAUUAGUGUGUGUGUGUGUGUGGGGGGGGGGGGACUUUCAGGGCACACUGGGACACCGACCCUGACACAGCAGUGUAGUCCUGCUUCCUCUAGCAGUCAAACUGUCAACACACACACCUACUCUUGGUUGGGGCAGGCUCCAGGGAGAGUCUCUAUCCCACACAUUAAAGUUUACAAGGAAGUCCUGACUGCAGUUGCACCAUCACGGGGGACCUUCGUCUUCCUGUGGCUGAACUCUGCUGCCUCCCCCUCCCUGGGCCACGCCUUCUCCAGGUGACGGACAGCUGUCCCUCCCAGUGUGACCUUUGUCAGGAGCCUGUCUGAACUCGCAGGAUAUAGGCACGAUGCCACGCCUCGUUUCCUCUUCCUGUUGAUGUCCUGUAGCGGCCGGUCUGUCUGCGCAAGUAUGAGAGUACUACCGACAACAACAUCACUGUGUGUUCUUUUAUUCCAAAAAAAAUAUUUUGGCACUUUUUAUUUUGAAAGCCAUAGUAUAUUUGUUAUGAAAAGAAUAUAAAUAUAUAUAUGUAUACAAUCAAAUAAACCGAUGACCGGAGGCUAGUUUUUUUUUCAGUGGGGGGAGGAACUCUCUUACAAACAUAAUUUCAUCAGGAACUCAUUUACAUCCUCUGAAGAUCUCCUGAAAUGAAGGACCUAACGGUCCGACGCAAACGCACAUACACAAAGAGCAUUGGACGUAAGGCUCCUGUGCAUGGCCACCAAAGGGGGGGGGGCAAUGUUGAAGCCAAAUCAGGGUUAAAAUGGCUUUGAUUGGGAUCGAUUCUUAUUUUGAGCAACACAGAAUAUCGACAUGAAUAACGCCAUGCUUGACCUCUGUAAUCAUCUCAUGAAUACGGAGAUUGCUGCGGAAAUGCUUAACAUAAUAAAAAAUGGGUUCAACUGUUUAGUGAUCAUUGACUCAGACGGAUCCACAGGCAUGUUAUAGUUCAAAAUAUCUGAUGAAUUUGAAAAGUGUUGUUGGACGUGUCUUCAGCUUUAGCUUAGCAACAUGUGAUGUACAUUUUCAAUCUGAAUUUUAAAUAAUCGUUCAGGCAAAACAGCAAAAAACUACAUACAUAAAAAAAGCGUCAUGGCAUUGAUUCACAGAAGCUUUUUUCAUCUUGAAAUAAAGCCAGAGUUUUCUCCUCCCACUGUUGCUGUAAUGCCCCCCUGCUCCCGCGAUGGCAAGGCAGGGUAGACUGCAUGCUGUGGUAUGCCCUCAGUAGAAAUUUGUGAAUGUGUAGGAGCAUUAUUGCAAUUUUGUACUUAAUUGGACACUUUUCUUUGCCACAUCUAGCUGAAGUCUCAUCUCCUCCCCAACCCUCCAAAGGUUAUAGAAGCCAUAUGUUUAUGUUGUCCAUUUUUUGGGAUAGUCACUGAAUAAAUCUUUGUCAGCUUCACUUGGUUUUCUGUUCAGGGUGUGGGUUGGUAGCCCCAUUUAUCUCCCAAAAGAAAAAGGUCUCAAAGCCAGUUAUUUUCACUCUGAACUGCUGUAGAUCACCUCUGCAGAGGGGAAGCACAAUGACAUGAUGUCCCUGCACAUAUAGACUCUAAUUCAAGAUCAUCUGCUUGUGUGUCUCGUGUGGACAGUUGGCCGGAUCCUACUGAAGAGAUCCUUGUGCUUGACUGCAGAUUUUAUAUUAAAAUGCAUGAUUUUAGGUUAAAUCAAAAGUAAGCCAUGCAGAUCUCAAGGCAGAAUCCGGUCUAAUCUGUUACUGUGUGUGCCGGUGUGUGUGUGUGUGUGUGUGUGUGUGUGUUUCAUCUCCAAGGGAAAUGGUGCCUUUUAGAUGAUUGAUGAUGUUAACAGUAUAGACAAUAUUGCAGUUUGCUAAACAGCAAUGAUAAGAUCAUUGUGAAAUUGAUUCUCAUAUUUCAAAUGACACCUUUAUAUAAAUGAGGGUUCAAUUUGAAUGUUUGGAAGUGGAUAUCAAUGUGGCUGUGAGUCUGUGAAUGUGUUUGUUGAAUACACGUGUUGAUGAGUGUGAGUGCGCUGGGGGCAAAGUUCAGAUCACUAUAUUCAUGAAUCCUUUGCUCCUAAUCACCACCUUGUCAAUAGUGGUAAAAAAAAAAAAAAGAAAUCAAUACCGCCCACGUUGCACUUCAUAGCAGUCAUUAGCUUUAAAACUCAUUUUUCCUGAAUAGGCCAACUUACACACUCCAUGACACACAGACACACACACACACACACAAAGUGACGAUGGUGUUUCCUUGGAGAUGUACUGUGGGAGGUGAGAGAGUUGAAGCCUGUCUGCAGUCCAGUCCUCCCCUCUGCUGUUUCUAUAUUUCUCUCCAUCAUCACCUCCUUUUUAUCAUGCCAUCCACCGUUUAUUGCCUUUUUAUUUUCUUGUUUAUUUUUUUAAAACAAAAUAUAUCAAAUAUAGGGAAACUUUAUUAUAAAGAGGGUGUUGCAUGAAUGUAUGUUUACAUGAGAAAUUAUGUGAAAAUAAAAAAAGAUGAUUUAUCCAAAAAAAAACAUUAAAAAAACCUGCAAAGAUAAUUUAAGAACGUUGUUUGUAGAGAUUCCUAGUUAUAAAGGGGCAGUGGACAGGGCUGCGUCUUUAGAACCCGCCCUGCCAAAUCUGACUUAAAUCCCAGCCAACCAAGAGCUCAAACCCCAUCACUCCCAUUUUCACCUUAUUUACUCCCAUAAGCCCCCUCCCUCAGCGUGCAUUUAUACUCCCCAGUAAAUGGAAAAACACCCUCCAUCCUCGGUGCACCUAUAAAGCAGUUUCUAACGUCCUGGCGCACUCUGUUAGCAUAUCGGGGAACACCUCCCAUUCUCAUCCCUCUCUCCUGACAUUUUCAUCCACCCUCAGCCUCUUUUCUCCUAAAAUAACAUUGUUUUUCUAUGUUUUUGAAUGUUAUGUUUUGAAUACCUUGUUUGUGUGCAUUUACAAUAAGACAUGUUUUAAAUGCCUAAAGAGCGAAGCAGACUAUAGGAUUGAAAUCUUGUACUCCGUUCUGACCUCUUAUUUUGUUCAGUUUUUCUUGUCUUUUUUUCUUCUGUUGACAUAUGAUGCUGUAAUGUUGGCAAAAAAGAAAAUGUAAAAUCCUGUAUCAUUUAUGAAAUGUGUAUAAAAGAGAUAUGUAAUUCAAUUAUCAAUAAAAUCCUUAUCCAGUUUUUGGAGCCAGUG